GCACAGGUUCAGGAACGUUUCACACCAGCCACUCACCCUUUCAGUCAGUGCUGCCAAGGUUUCUGGACUGAAAUAUCUGUACAGCUGGUUGGAGACAAUCACCUUUCUGAGCCCAAGGGAUGGUGGUGCAAUACGAAUGAGGUGUUGCUUCAUGAGGAUGCUGGCCUUCUCAGCAAGCAAUACUCCAUGCUGGAGCACUACAGAGCUGCUGGUCACUGAUGCAUCUGAUGGCGGGCCCCAAUCCAGAAUGCCUGCAGCUUAGGGGAGACUUCCCUUUGUGUUUAGCAGAUUCUGGCUCGGAGGUGUGCUGCUGGAAAGAGAACACUGGACAGGCUGUGCUUUGGCUGCCAAGGUGGCUAACCCUGGUUUGCCUCUCUCCCUUGCUGCCCGUGCUGACAGGGCCUGAGCAGCCCUGUGGGGAACCUGCAGGAUACAGGACUGAUGCGAAAGGAGAUGCACCAGGGGACCAAUGGAAGGUGUGGAGGGAUCUGAGCAAAGGAUUUCAUCCUGCAGUAGGGCUGAGAUCAGCUUUUGAUGAGUGGAUGGGUGGAUGCAAUACAGCAAAGCCCUUUUCUCUGCAAUGCAUCUGAGUUAGCUGAAUGAGAAGGAGCAGCUUUUUAAAGGAUAUUUCUCUGCAGCAAGGCUGAGCACAGUUUUAUGGCUGGAUGCAGAGAUGGGGCAGCACUGGCUCUGGUUACACUGAGAACAAGGGAGGGAAGCAGGCUUGCAAGGAGAUGUGAUUCUUAGCAGUGUCAGGUGUAUGAAAUGCCCAUUUAUUAGGAAAGAAGCAGCAGUUUUAUGCUUUUGAUGUCAGCUACUGAUUUACAGUGAUUUAUAUCAACAGCUACAACCUGUAUCUACAUAAGAUUUCUCACAUGACUGUCAGGACUCUGUAGAGGAGAGAAAAAAUGGUCUUAGGCUAAAAUUCUAAAGCCAGAGAGCCAGGUUCUUUUCAGGACUCUGCCAAAGCCUCCUGUAUCAAUUUAGAAAGGUUGCUUUCAGCUUAGCCCUUCAUGCCUGAGUUUCUCCAUCUCUGAAAUAGGGACAAUAACACUUUUCAUCUUCACACAGAGGGGUGGGUGAUAGAAACUUCAUGAGAUGUGAUUUUAAAAAACCCAAACCUUUAAGAUCUUGCAAUAAGAAAUGCACAGCUCCUAGCAAUAACAUCCCUUGGGUGAAAGAGCACACCAAAAUCUUUAGUAAUCGUGCCUUGCUCUGGGCCUGUCUCCAAUGAAGAGACACACUGUCUCAGUCUGGAUUAGAUAGAUAUGCCCAGGCCAGGAUGCAUUCCUCCAAUCAUUGCUAUUUGCAUGACCUGAUACUUAAAGAAGUCCAAACAGACAGGAUGGAGGCACAGCACCAACCACAGGGGUAGGGCUGCCAGGGCCCAUGUAUAGCUCUGAUCUCUACUAGAAACUAGUGCGCACCCCUAACAGCCCCCUUGUGCCUGCAGAGUGUGUAUUCUCCUCUUUCUAUCAGAGCCCAGCACCUAAGGGGCACCACUGCUCCCUGUGGGAACUCUGACUGACAAACCCGACCCCUUUGCAAGGUGCCAAAGUAUUGGAAAGGGGCUGUGUGUGUCACACAGAGUGAAGGUUGCUGUUUUCCCAGCCAGGUGGGAUGUGGGAGGGGAAGGCUCUGUCUAUAGGUCACCCCUGUGUCCUCCUGCUGGGAUGUUUAAUUUUAUUUAUUUUUUUAAUGUGGUUGUGUUUUUUUAGGCCUCACUGAAUAAAUUAACCAGUUUGGAACACUAAACAAGAUUUACUAAAACAGAGCCAAGAGAAGACAUUUUUUGCUCACAAUAGCCACAGUUGGACUUGCCCAGUAUAAGCAGAGAAAAUGAAUGAUUUUCCUUUACUGUGCCAGGUCCAGAGAGGAAUCUGUCUUCUCAUUUCAGGAUGACAGUGAAAAAAUGUGGUCAGUAAGAACAGAUUUGUCGAGCUCAGCAGAUCUUCCUUUAUCUUAAUGUCCAGAUUCUGCCAGCCCAGAAAUUACUUGUCUGAACCAGGCCUUUUAAUUACUCCCUUUGUGCAGUUCUGGGAGAAGCAUCCCAAGUUUAAGCUACUUGAGGGCAUUCCAGCAUGCUGCAGCUCUUACCCAUGGUUGAUAGGGUCUCCAGCCAAGAGAGGAGAGGCUGCUGGCUGCAAUGAACAAGCAGAUACAUGUGUUUUGUCCCACGGUGGUCUGUGGUGAAGAUACAAGUGUUAUGUGAUACAAGAGUGUUAUGUGAGGCUGUGUUAUGAUGGAAUUAGAUAAUGGUGUUCUACAUAGCAAUUCUCUCCCAGCAAAGAGCUGUGUGGCUCAGAGCACCAUGCUGGCUCUGCAUCAUCAGAGGUGCUAAACAGAUGAAAGGCCUUUAGUCCACAUGUCUUGAAGUUGGCCACAAGUAGAAAAUAUUGAUUUGUGGUGAAAAAUUUAAUUUCUAAAUUAAUUGAAGAAAGAGAUCAUUCUGCCUCAAGCUGUUCCAUUUGCAUAAGAAUGAGAUCACCUUAGACAAGAACAAAGAGACCCUUAUACAUAGUGAAUCGUGCAAAAAACCCCCACAAAUUAGCUGGAGGUGGGAGAGCUGAACAGCCACUGACAGGACAAAAUUAGCUAGUCUGCAUCGUAACUGUUAUAGAAACAACACGGAGGAAAGAAAACAGACCUUUGAAGAAAACAUGGGGUUUUUUUGCUCUGGAAAAUAGACUCAUGAAGUACAUUUUGGCAUACUUCACUUGAUUGAUAAAUGACCUAACAAAACAUGCAGCACUAUCUGCCUGUCCCAUUCUUGGUGUGGCACUCGCAGCAAUUUGCAGAACACUUUAACAUCCCCCAGCAAAGGUGUUCCAGUUUCCACUUUUAACCAUAGGUCUAUAUAUUGAAAUGUUUAUGUCCAUGCAAGAGGCAGGUUUUAAAGUAUCUCUGGCACAUUGCCUGCAUAACUUAUCAGUUAUAGGCAUCUGAUUUGGCAAAUUUUACUGUGGGCUGCUGUACAUUCAACCUUCUAGGCUAUAGCUUUGCCUUUGCAAUUCCCAGCAACAGACACAGGUAGAGGCAGUUCUGACCUCCAGGGAGCAUCAACACAACCUGCAAACAUUCCUGGGUGCACAUGGACACUUAGCAGCUGGGCUGGGGUGGACAAGGAUCCCCUGCCUCCUAGUAAAUCCACAACUGGGAUAACUCAGGAGCAAGCUUUUCUCACUGAGCCCAUAUGCUGCAGCCUCUUUCCCCAACACUUGCUUUGAACAAGCGCUUGAACACAUGCUCAGCAUGACUAGUGGAUAUGCUUGUCUCUUGUAAGGUCUCUCAGGAGCUCUGUGGCAGACCUCAGAGCUGGACCCAGGUGUCUGGGAACGGACCCAAAUUCAGGGCUCUGCAUCACUGGAGCAGACCAAGGUGACAGCUAGUAGCAGAGAUUAGCUAUGCUGCAGGCAGCUCUUCUUCAUGUUUCUUUUCUUCAUACACACACACACACAUGCACACACACAUACACACACACAGCCUCUCACCUCACAUGUAAACUCUGAUAAAAAACUAUUCCUGGCUGCCAAACAAGCAAAUUGCAUGGGGAUGGGGGAAAGGAAAGAAAAAGCAAUGAAACAUCAAACCCUUAUAUUUUUUCAUGGCAAAUGUUUGCUCAGCUCUUCUUCUGACUAUGACUAAGAAUACUUCAUACUCAAAUAAUCCGUCACACUUAAUGCUGUUAACUUUUCAAUACCCACUGUACAACCCACAGAGUAUACAAAACCCUUCUGGGAUUCUUUAUCAUCACAGCAACAACUACAGAAGACAUUUGUCCUGCUGGUGAAAGGCACUAAAAUCACAUGAUCACCUAAAGUCCUUCCAGCCCUUUUCCGGCCAUGAAAGAUAUAACUGAUUCACAGUUUACUCCUGUGGUUACCAGCUGUGAACUUGGAAGGUCUUUACCAUCCUGGCACAGGCACCUGUCCUAAGGAGUGGAGGAAUAAAACCAUCUUUCCUGAAGUCAGUGGUCUCACCUCUGCACUGCCAUGGCUGCCAGCACAGCUCCAGCUAUUGGAUAGGGUCCAGGGAUGGAAAGAAGCUGUGGUGAUCUCAUUCCUGCUCUCAGCUUCUACUGUGUGCAGGGAUCUUCCAGGCAUAGUGAUGGAAGGUGUGUGGGCUGUGACUAUGCCUCAUCCAGAGAUACCAUAGAGAUCUAACUGAAACAUUAAGAGUUGAAUGGGAUUGGCAUGAACAGCACCAGAGGACAUUGCAGGAGAACAGGAAUGACAGCUGUUGAUCACACCUAAGCUAGAAGACCAUCAAGAUCACACCACAUCUUGCAGAUUCUCAAAACACCCAGACUGGGAAUGACGCAGAAGACAGACUGAAGCCAUUAAGAGUGAUUUCAAGUGUUCCCAUACUCAGCUAAUUCUAAGAGACAGACCCACGCCCCAUUUCAGAGUCAAGAUGUUCAGAAUACUUUGAAAUGGUUGAAGCUGACCAGGUCCACUGCCCUGGCUUUCAAGGAAUGGUUCUUCCAUGCUGGAUGGAGCUGCUGAAGGGACUGCCAUUGCACCGUACUUUCCUGGCUGUCAUCCUGAACCUGCUGGCUCUCACCCUCUCCACCACAGCCUUGCUGGGCAGCUACUGGUGCACCGGGACCCAGAAAGUACCCAAGCCUUUGUGUGGGAAGAGCAAAGCCUCCCAGUGCGUGGGUGUCCCCAUGCCAUCUGAUGCAGAUGCCAGCAAUGCUUCGUCUGAGGACACAGUGCACUACAGCUGGGAGACUGGUGAUGACCGCUUUGCCUUCAGAUACUUCCACACAGGGAUGUGGCUUUCCUGUGAAGAGAGCAUGGAAGGGCCAGAAGAGAAAUGCCGUAGCUUUAUUGAGCUUUCACCACCAGCAGAGAGAGGAAUCCUGUGGCUGUCACUGGGAUCAGAGAUGCUGUACAUCAGCUUGCUGCUUAUCAGCUUCAUCCUCCUGAUGGUGGAAAUUCUGCAUACUGGCAAUCCUGUCUGUGGGAUGAAGCUCAAUGCCUUUGCUGCUGUCUCCUCGGUGCUGUCAGGUCUCCUUGGGAUGGUGGCACACAUGAUGUACACUCAAGUCUUCCAGGCAACAGUUAAUCUGGGACCAGAGGACUGGAGACCACACACAUGGGACUAUGGCUGGGCAUUCUACAUGGCCUGGGCCUCCUUUACCUGCUGCAUGGCCUCUGCUGUCACCACUCUCAAUACCUACACCAAGACGAUAUUGGAGUUCAAAAGGAACCACAUCAAGGGAUACGAUGGGAGCUUCAAGGAUCACCCUCAGCACCACCAGUGCUUCAUACAGCAAAUAAGCAGCUACUAUGAGCCCAAAGGCAAGGCCUUCCAUUCAGUCUCUGAGGGAGUCGACUUCUACACGGAUCUGCAGCAGAAAAUACUACAGCGGGAACCAGAGCUGGACCUGGAUGAAGUCUUGGGCCAGACAAUUGGGGAGGAUCGCUGUUAGGGAUGAGUGUACAGUGGGGUUUGGAAGGAACAAGAGCUCUGAACCAAGCACUGGAACCACUGUUAGCAGGUUUUAGGGAGCUCUUCCAGUCUCUAAAGGGAGUAAGGAGGCAGGCACUGGGUCAGGGCAACUAGAGUAGAAGUUUGGGGGUCCUCCCUGGUCAUAUACAGUCUGAUGGGUGCCCUCAUCUGACAAGGGUGAAACUGGAGGGACAUGCUGGUGCGAGCUGUCUCCAAGCACUUUGAGAGUUGAGUCAGAUGUCCUAAUCCCCAGUAUUGCACUGGGGAACAGAUAGUCAGCACUAUCCAGAUGGCAAACUGCACUGCUGCGUGGUGUCACAUUGACCUUCUGUCAACACCUCCAGUUCAGUGCUGUGGUGAAGGCCAUCAGUGUUCAUAUUGAUCAUCUGCCACCCUCUCUGAACACCCUGUUUAUUCUUAAUUUCCAGGCCCAGACUCUUCUCCCUGCUCCCAGAUGAAAAGUCCUGCUGCAAAGCAGAAUAGGGGUAGCUUUCAGACAUCUCUCUCCUCCUCUUUCCUAUCUGUAAUGACUCCCACAUGUUCCUUUCAUGCUUUUUGCCCAAAAUCUCCCAUUCUGAGGUACUUUGCUGUCUGUGUCUUUUUAUUGUUCUUCACAACUAUUAA